CAACCACAAAAACAACAAAAUAACGAGAAAACAUGUUUAAAGUUAUACGAAUGUAUAAUAAAAUGUUCCAAAAAAAAGUUAGGAUUUACUGUUGGGGAAGAAACAUCCGAUGGCUGUAGGAGUUGCAAAUGUGAAGAGGAAAAAUCUGGUGGCAGCGGUGGCAAAACAAACAACGGUGGCAGCGGAUCCAUGAUGAAAAUGUUUGGCAAUACAAAUGGUGGCAACAAUGUUCUUAAGUCCCCAGAUAAAGGAAUGAGUACCAGCGGAGGGAAUGAGUCGAAAGGGAAAUGUAACCCACCCAUGGUAAUGUGUACAAAUGAUGGUAAUAAUUUAAUGCAAACAAUGUCUGGUGGCAGCGGAGGUUCUGGUGGCAGUGGUGGUUCUAGUGGUAGCGGAAGUGGCAGUGGUCCGUUUAAUCCAAUGGGAGGAGGAUCUGGUUCGGGAGGAGGAAUGAAGAGUCCUUUUGGUUCAUCAUCCGGAGGAUCAGGAUCGGGCUCCGGAAUGAAAAGUCCGUUUGGCAAUGGAGGACCAGGUGCAGGUGCGGGUGGUGCUCCCGGAAUGGGAGGAAUGGGUCCACAUGGACCUUCAAAUCCAGGUUUUCCAAGUCAAAAGAAAGUUGAACAGACCGCAUAUAACGAGAAUUGCUUUGGGCCAUCAUGUUCAGCAAAAGACGGUGGACUUGUCGAAGGCACACUUGAAAACGAUCUCAUCAUGGGUAUAUUCCGGAAGUGAAGUAGCAAAACAAAACCAGGAGCAAGAACAAUUAUUAUUUGGAGUAAAAGAUAUAAAAUUAUUUAUACCUGAAUCUUAUUGGUAAAUUAGUCAUUAUUCAAAAUUACAAAAGUUCAUGACACCGAUGCAAACUUCAUGCACCUCUUUGUGCUUUUCGAAAAUUCUAUUUUCGUUUGUGGUGUUUGAUACCAAAUAUGUGAACUCUUGAACAUUGGAAGAAUAGUCUUGGAAUAUAUUUUUUUUAUCAACCAGUUGGUUUUGUAGUUUUUGUACGUGACUUAACUUCUCGCUUUGUUUUUUUUUAAUAUUUAUGACACUAUAAUUACAUUGCAUAAAAACAUUCAAUUGAACCGGUAAUUUUGAUUGGCUGACAAGUUGAAGUCAACAAUCCCUAGGCAUUGCAUAUUCAUUUUGUAUUUGACACAAUAUCAGAAAAAGUCUAAUUUUUGGCAAUGGGAAAAAAAAUGUCUUUGGAAUCUGUAAUUUAAUAGCAUGAAACAAAGAACAAACAUUGAGGAUUCAGGAACUGUGGUCUGUAAUUCACAAAAAAAUGUUAAAUGUGGUAACUAUGGCAAUGUAAAAAAGGGUACCAAAAAUUCCAGUUUUGUCCUGUUACCAAAGUGAAUCAUUUUAAAAAAGUUCCUAAUGGGAAUAAGGAAUAAAUUAAAGUUACUAUU